AUGUCAAGUUCACCUUUGAUUCAAGACGAUUUAAAAAGAAAAUAUAUUGCUAACGAACAAGAUCAUGCACAACAAAGUGAACAGAAUACUAACUCAACACAACAAUCGCAACAUUCACAAUCACAAACUACACCACAAAGAAAAAAACCUGGUAGAAAACCAAAUCCUGCUUCACCUGCUCUUCGUAAAGCACAAAAUCGGGCUGCACAAAGAGCUUUUAGAGAAAGAAAAGAACGACAUCUUCAUGAACUUGAGAAUACUAUUAAACUUCUUAGAGAUGAUCAAUACCAAGCAAACAUUCUAAUUAAUCAUUUACAACAAGAAAAUUCAUAUUUCAAAAAAUUAUCAUUGGUGUUUGAGUGUACUUUGAACAAUAUUCACGGUAAUGGUAUUGCCACAGAUGAAAUAAAGAAAGCUAUAUCAAUAAAUCCCGAUUACUCUUUUGAUAAAGCAAUAACAACGACAACAACACCUGGUGAAUCUUUAUUAACUUCCUCCUUAUCAACUUCUGAUAUUAAUAAUGGUCAACAACAACAUAUUUCUUUAUCAUUAUCACUCGAUGUUAGUCAAAGACCAUUGCCAUCGUUAAAUAUUAAUAGCAACAACAACAAUAAAUCCAAUUUAAUAAAUAAAUCCAUUAAGCCGGAAAUAACUAAACUUACUAAUAAUAAGAAAAAUGGGAGUAGCGAAAUGAUUCCUCGAACUAAUACUUCAAUUAUCUUAUCACCUGAUUCAUUUGGAAAUUUAUGUUCAACUACCACCACUAAUUCUUGUUUGCUUCCUCAAGAUUAUUUGACUACAACUGCUACAAAUGAUCAUAUGGUUAUUCCAGAUUAUAAUAAAUCUUCUUUUAUAAAUAUUCCUCCACAAAUAAACAAUAACGACAAUGUGAAUAAUAAUGAUGCAUUUUUAAAUUUUAAUGUCAACGAUACUAAUAAUAGUAUUCUUGUUAAUGAUAGCAACAAUGGCUCAAUUGUUUCAAUAUUAGAUUAUCUUGAGGAUAAACUCGUCGAGGAUUUUAUUUAUAGUAAUAAUGAUAAUACUAAUUUUGAAUCAAAUUUAUUAAAUAUCGAAUUCUAUGGUUUUAAUGAUGAUUCAUUUAUCCAAGCAAUCAACGGUAAUUCAAAAGAUUUAGUGAAUUCAUUCAAAAAACAACAACUUUUAAGAUUAGCAGAAAAAGUAGGAGCCAAAGAUUUUACUACACCUAUCAUACCAAAACUAAAACAUCCAUUAUCGAAGGAGCAGAUUCGAUAUUUAAAUAUGGAACAUGACUCACGUAUUGACAUGAUUCCAUGUUUACAUCUCAGGUCAAGAAUGAUACAACAUAGUACAAAGUAUGAUCUUUACGAGUUGUGUGAAAUAUUAAUCAACAAAGCUAAAUGUCAUGGAGACCCACUUGAUACCGAUUCUUGGGAACUUCCUGAUGAAAUCUUUCAAAAGUAUAGUUAUUUGACAUUCAAAAAAUGUCAAAUCAAAAGUCUUUUAUAUAAACGAGAUGGUGCAAUACCUAAAGAUUUUAACGCAUUAUUUGAAAAUG